GCGGGAAGGAGGGGCGGGGCCUCUGGUGGCGGUCAGGAACUGGGGAAGACGGCAACAUUGUUUCAAGUUGGACAAAUUGACAAGAGCUAGAGAAACACUGCGUUCCAUCCCCACUUCGGGCCUCUGUGCCUGGUGGCGUCUCUUUCUCCUCGGCUCCCAAGAGUCUGGGUCCGUUUUCUGUAGGGUUCCCAGGCCCCCGCUCCAGGGCCAGGCUGACCCGACUCGCUAGCGCUUCAUGGAGAACUUCCAAAAGGUGGAAAAGAUCGGCGAGGGCACGUACGGAGUUGUGUAUAAAGCCAAAAACAAGGUGACGGGCGAAGUGGUAGCACUUAAGAAAAUCCGAUUGGACACUGAGACAGAGGGUGUACCCAGUACUGCCAUCCGAGAGAUCUCUCUGCUGAAGGAACUUAACCACCCUAAUAUCGUCAAGCUGCUGGAUGUCAUCCACACAGAAAACAAACUUUACCUGGUUUUUGAGUUUCUGCAUCAGGAUCUCAAGAAAUUCAUGGAUGCUUCUGCUCUCACUGGCAUUCCUCUUCCCCUCAUCAAGAGCUAUCUUUUCCAGCUGCUCCAAGGACUAGCUUUCUGCCAUUCUCAUCGGGUUCUGCACCGAGAUCUCAAGCCACAGAAUCUGCUUAUCAAUGCAGAGGGGGCCAUCAAGCUAGCAGACUUUGGACUAGCCAGAGCCUUUGGAGUCCCUGUUCGUACUUAUACCCAUGAGGUGGUAACCCUGUGGUACCGAGCACCUGAAAUCCUUCUGGGAUGCAAAUACUACUCUACAGCUGUGGAUAUCUGGAGCCUGGGCUGCAUCUUUGCAGAGAUGGUGACCCGCAGGGCACUAUUCCCUGGAGACUCUGAGAUCGACCAACUCUUCCGGAUCUUUCGAACUCUGGGAACCCCAGAUGAGACAGUUUGGCCAGGAGUUACUUCUAUGCCUGAUUAUAAGGCGAGUUUCCCCAAGUGGGCCCGGCAAGAUUUUAGCAAAGUUGUGCCUCCCCUGGAUGAAGAUGGACGGAGCUUGUUAUCGCAAAUGCUGCACUACGACCCCAACAAGCGCAUUUCAGCAAAGGCAGCUCUGGCUCACCCUUUCUUCCAAGAUGUGACCAAGCCAAUACCUCACCUUCGACUCUGACGCCUUUCCACCAGCCCCCACCCUCAGUUUCACCCUCUCCUCUAGUGUAUGCCUGACCGGGCUUGGGUCUGGUUGUUGAGACUCAGGUGGGCCCACUGAUCUUGUCUGGUUGCCUUAACACUCAUCUUGACCUUUUGGCCAGUCAGCUCGAGGGAUAUAGAAAAUGGAGGGGAAGGAGGAGUGGGAAUGAAAGAGUUUUAUUAUUACAUGCACUUAAGUCAGUUUCUCUACCACCC